CCCGUUCCUCUGCUUGCAAAGAAGCAACAAACUGUAAACCCGGGAGAUAAAUAAAGAGAAAAUACUCUGCGAACUCAAAACCAAAAUUCUAAAAUGAAUCCCUACGAUGAAGAAGCGAUGAGACAAGAAGUCAUCUACCUCCAUUCUCUCUGGCAUCAGGGUCCUCCCUCCAACAGAAACCCUAACUUCAACCUCUUCCAAUACCCAAACAGCUUUUCUAUCCCCAACACCUACAAAUACCCAAAUGCCAUCCCUCACCCAAGAACCAUACCCACUUACGAUCCCUCGAGGAAUCUCCAUCUCACCAUCGGCAACCCCUUCGCAAAACGAAAACCCAGAAAGCAAAAUUUUUGGAACUUGGAAGACUGUCGUUCCCCAGGUCGACCCGAUCGUUCUCCUGAUCCGGGUCCAGAGUGGCCCGUCAAGUCACCACCUGCUCAUCCGUCAUCAUCCGGGUGGCCACAGCCUGUGAAAUGUUCGGAACGGGUGACCCAAUCCCUCUCGGCUAAGGAGCAAGCCAAAUUGACCGCCAUGAAAAUCCAGAUAGAUUUGAUAUCAAAAUAUCGCGAGUUUUUCAGGGAAAGCGUCGGACUUCACAGUGACGAAGACGAUGAAUGUGUAGAUGUCGAUGAAGGAGACAAGGAUUAUUUGGUGGAGGAAGACGGGAUUGAGGAGAGUGGAGAUUUCAAGUUCUUCUUAAACAUGUUUGUGGAUAACAGUGAGUUGAGGAGUUACUAUGAGCGUAAUCAUGAGGUUGGUGAUUUUAUUUGCCUGGUUUGUGGUGGUAUUGGAGAGAGAAUUGGCCGAAAGUUCAAAGAUUGUUUGGGCCUUGUCCAGCAUUCUACUUCAAUAUCCAAGACAAAGAAGAGAAAGGCUCAUAGGGCGUUCGCGCAGGUUGUUUGCAAGGUUCUUGCUUGGGAUAUUGAUAAACUACCUGCGAUUGUACCAAAGGGAGAGCCGCUUAGUCGUUCCUUAGAGGAUUUGAAAGAGACUCAGGGAUUGGGCCCCUCAGGGGUUAGUGAUUCUGAGUGGCCAUGCAUGCAGACUGCUGACAAGUCCUCCCCAAUUACAUUAGGAUGGCCUGCCUUAAAGCCCGAAAUUGCUUCAGCAACAUGUGAGACCUCUGCUGAGGAAAAAGCAAGAAUUGCUGUGGUACAGUUGCAACAUAAAGUCUUGGAAGCUUGCAAAAUAUUCUUUGCCAAACCUUGUUCCAACAGCAGUGAAGAUGAGAAGGACGAAGCAGAUGAAGAAGAGGAGGACUAUGACUCUAUGGAUGAAAAUGGGUAUAAUGAAUGUGAAGAGUAUAAAUUCCUUCUGGGAAUUUUCAAGGAGAACAGUGAGCUCAGGAGUUAUUACCAAAAUAAUCAAGGAAGUGGAGAAUUUUUUUGUUUGGUGUGCGGUGGUAUUGGAAAGAAGGUAUGGAAGAAGUUCAAAGAUUGUUCUGGACUUCUUCAGCAUUCUUUUGCAAUAAGAAAGACAAAGAAGAAACAGGCUCAUAGAGCUUUUGCGUAUUUGAUAUGUGAAGUUGUUGGUUGGGAUUUUGAUCGUCUUCCUAUGAUUGUGCUAAAAGGUUAUCCUAUGGAUCAAUCUCCAGCUAUAGACAACCACUAGUACGAUCACAAAUGUAGAUGUGAGAAGAUUUCACACUGUUGUUCUUUAUGGAAUUCGAAGAAGUUAAGGAUGACUUUAUCUUCGGUUUGGUUUUGGAAUUGCUUGCUAAUAUGCAGGAAGAAGUGAAUGAAGAUUUGACAAAUGGACAAAGGAAAAAUUCUGAGGUAAUUAUGGAUCAAGUAGCAAACAAAGCGGAAAAGCAAUAGACAGCUAUGGUUAUAAUCAUCAUUUUGUUAUUUCCUUUCCAGUGUAAUGCUAACAUUAGUAUAGCUACAGAGUAUGAGAUUCUCAUUAUCUAUAUGUUCUUUGCAAGUCCAUCUCAAACAUUGUGUUUCGUUUUCC